UUCAUCCUCAGACAUUUGCCGAACAAGAGCUCCCGAAUUUCUCGGAUUUUCAGUCAAUUAAAGUGAAUUAACGUGAUAAAAAGUGAUCAAAUUGCCAAGUAACUGCUGAAAAAGUGAAAAAGACGCGAAAAAUGGCAACUACACCGGAAAAGAACGGAUUGGGCACAACUAAUAUGCCAUCGCCGAGAUCAACGUCUGCAUCUCCGAACUCGUCACUUUUGUCGCUGCCCUCGCCGAUUAUUACGCGUCGGACUCGCACGCAUUCCACAUGCGAACGUGCCAUGGUCAAUCCCAUCCAAUGCGGCAACAUCAAGGAAUUCUGUCGUAAUCGAGGACACGGUUUUAUUUCGCCCGCCGACGGAGGAGCGCCCGUUUUUGUGCACAUUUCCGACAUCGAAGGUGAAUACGUUCCGCUGCCAGGUGACGAAGUUUGUUAUCGCUUGUGCCCAAUUCCACCGAAAUUCGAGAAAACGCAAGCAAUUCACGUCCAGAUCACGCACUUUUCCGCGGAGAAACACGAGAGAUGGGAUGGCGGCAACAGCGGUGCUCAUUAAGAUGCUCGGAAGUUUUUUUUUUAAUUGAACAAAAGAUGGGAAAAAAGUAUUGCGCGACAUGCGAAUUAAUCAACUGUUAAUGUAUUAAGUUAGGUUUUAAUAGAAAUUAGGAUCGGUUUCAGUUUUUUUUUCGGAGAAAAUAGGGAAAAAAUUUGGCCCACCAAUGUCGAUUGAGUGAGAAAGGUUUCUCGCGAAACGCACAAAAUUUAAAAAAAAUGCAAAAAUUUCAAUCAUGUGAAUAAAAUACCUCAAGAAACCACUAGCCAUGAAAAACAAGCACUUUUGAUACCGACCUAUACGUAAAAGUCCAUUUAAAAAUUCCAAAUUUUCCAACUUUUCGUUAGUCUAAAAUUUUAGACUUUUUAGAUUUAAGUUUAUUGAGAAAAAUUAUGUAUACAACAGGAUAAAAAAAAUAAAUGUUAAUCAAUAAAAACUCAAUUUAAAUAAGAAAUGUUAGAGAAACUUUGCUUAUGAAUAUAUUGAAUAAAAUGA